GGAUUGGUUGGUUCAACCGGCAGUUCUUAUUCAUACAUUGAAAUUGAUUUCCAUAUUACAUUAUAUAGGAUGGCAUCGAUCAAACACAUGUUGUCACUCCUUGUAUUCGAGGCAGUGGCAAUCCUGCCAAUUAUUUUGAUAAUCUACUGGGCACAAAAAUACGGUGGCGGUUUCUCUUGGGAAGUCAAAAGCAAACUCAAAUUCAACUAUCAUCCAGUCUUCAUGAUAAUUGCUUUCGUUUUUGUGAUGGGGCAUUCUAUCAUAGCGUUUCGAAUUUUACCCCUGGCACAUCGCUUGAAGAAAUACAUUCAUGCAAUUCUCAACUUGGCUGCUGUGGCAUUUGCUAUUGCUGGAUUAGUAGCUGUAAUCGACUUUCACAAUGAGCAGGGAUACCCCAACUUUUACAGCUUACACUCCUGGCUGGGAUUGAUUACUCUGUCCCUCUUAUUCUUGCAGGCACUCGGUGGGCUGACAAUUUUCCAAGACCUAGUGAAGGGAGCAAGUGAUGAGAUCAGAGCUGCUUACAAACCAUGGCAUGUUGUUGCUGGUACAGCCAUGGUAACAUUAGCUGCUGCUACAAUCUGCACCGGACUGCAAGAGAAAUAUAGCUUUGCUAACCCAGACAAAUUCUCUGCUAACGCCUACACAUUCAACUUCACUGCUGUGACCAUCCUUAUGUGGGCCUUCACAGUGAUCUACAUCCUUGUUGCGGUAGAGAAGCGAACUCCAGAGGAUUUGGGUGCUCGACGUCCAUUACUCUCCUCUACAUGACGAGUACGAGACCCUGCCAGAAACACACAGCCAAAACGAGGAAUCAAUACAAUAAUCUCUUCUCUGAGUCUGUUACCAUGGCAACACCAUCUCCGCACCAUGGCUGCAUGAUACUGACAUCGUUGCAAUGACGACGGUGUUAACUCUUUAUUAUUUUGGAUGACCCUCAUCUUUAAAUAUUUUCCUUACGUGACCCUCACAAGGAUUAUUUUGGAACGAUUCCAAUAUUCUGGUUUUAUUCGUAUUGAAUUUAAUCGUUAUUAAUUAUUUAUCUGUUCACAAUAUCGUGUGUUCUCGUAAGCGGAAAAAGCUAAAAAGGUGGUAGAUUAUCUGGUAGUCUUGCGCAAUGUUUGCUAUAAAUAGAAUAUGUUCUUUUGAAGGAGACGUCACUCAGACUCUCAGUGCAGAGGUUUUCUUGGUUUUUAGUACAACUUUACUUGUUCUGGUCUUUUAGAUAAACAUGUAGUUUUCAUGUUAGUUAUUUGUGGUAAUAGCUACCUUGUUAGAAUUAUUAUUUAAUCUCGUAUGGUACUUUAACUUUUGGUAAGAGUUUUUCAAAAAUAUUGGGAAUAAUAUAUGUUAAUUAAUACUGAUCAGUAGGUUCAAUAUAUAUUUAUCAGAUUCAAUGAUUCUGGACCAUAUUACAUAAUGAUUGUCCACCGUCUCUAUAAUUAGUGCACAAAUGUGACAAAUAAUUUUGAAGGAUAUUUUAACAUGAAAUGAUGAUUUUGCAGAUUUUGCAGCGCUUGAUAUUUGAAUUAAUGAUAAAUCUAUUUUCAUUCAGAUGAAGUUAUGUGUGUUUGUGCCUUGUCUAGUACCUUAUAAUUUAUAUGUUUUUUUUGGUCAUUAUAGCAGGUAUUGGACAAUGGCCAUUCACGACGUUUGACAAAUUGUUUUAAAUAAAUUAUUGGAGAAUUAAAUGAAUAGUGUGUUAUAUUUUGCUGCUAAAAUGUUGAUGUGUAAUAUGAUGGUAUUUAUGAAAUAGUGUGAACAUGUUGAAAUCUAUCGUUGUUACUCAAAUCUUUAGAUCUGAAA